CAGCCUUAUAAAUAGUCGCCUUUGCAGGCGGCUGGUGAGGACGGGCAGGGCACGCACUGGCCCCAGCGCCCACCGCACCCUCCCCCAGAGUGCUGACCCGGCUCCCAGGACCUCAGCAAGAUGGAAGAGAAGCUGAAGAAAAGCAAGAUUAUCUUUGUGGUGGGUGGGCCUGGCUCAGGGAAGGGCACCCAGUGUGAGAAAAUUGUACAGAAGUAUGGCUACACUCACCUCUCCACCGGAGACCUUCUGCGUGCCGAGGUCAGCUCUGGCUCAGACAGGGGCAAGAAGUUGGCAGAAAUCAUGGAGAAGGGCCAGCUGGUACCACUGGAGACUGUGCUGGAGAUGCUCCGAGAUGCCAUGAUAGCCAAACUUGAAACAUCCAAUGGCUUCCUGAUCGAUGGCUACCCUCGAGAGGUGCAGCAAGGAGAAGAGUUUGAGCGUCGGAUCGGAAAGCCCACACUGCUGCUGUAUGUGGACGCGGGCCCCGAAACCAUGACCAAGCGGCUCCUGAAGCGCGGGGAGACCAGCGGCCGCUUAGAUGACAACGAAGAAACCAUCAAGAAGCGCCUGGACACCUAUUACAAGGCCACAGAGCCGGUCAUUGCCUUCUAUGAGAAACGGGGCAUCGUGUGUAAGGUCAACGCUGAAGGCACGGUGGACAGUGUCUUCUCCCAGGUCUGCACCCACCUGGAUGCUCUGAAGUAGCCAUGUAGAGCCCUUCUCCAGCUCGGAGCCACCCUACCCCUGCCCUGCCUGAGGCGGUGCUGGCCAGAGCCCAGGGCCUCCGCCCUGCCUCACUGCUAGCGGGGAGGAAGCCACCUUAUCCUGUUUUGUGGGUGGCGAAGCACUAAAGGAAUUUCGAAGGACAUUGCUUUUACUCCUUUUUCUUUGUUUCCAAACCCAGUUGAGGCUCCAUCUCCUCGCGCUUCUCCUCCUGCUCUGGUGCCAGGCUGUGCUGGCGCAGGCCGUACCAGGCCGCCCCAGGCCUGGGAUCCCCCUGGUGGCAGAGAGGCUGGGGUCUUUGCUCGUGGAGCCUCGUGUUCAGGCUCCUCUGCAUCCCUGCUAUUGACCCCUUGUCUCUCUGAG